ACAGAUCCAACAUGGCGUUCGGCUCCUGAAUGCAGCUUCUCGCCCCCGUACGUCGGUCGAUAUGUGAUCUACCGCCGAGGACCGCUUUCUUUUUUUUAAUCACGACCCCAAAAUGAUUUGAACCGCCUCGAAAACUACUCCCGAAACCCAAGAGCGUGGCACGCGGCCACUGGAAAAAAGCAAAACCAUGACGGAGUUGUUCAAAUCGGCGUUGGGCUACUUCGCCAACGCGAGCGUCAAAGAGGAGCACGAAUUCGUCGGACAGAUCGUCGAACUCGGCCAGCAGAAACUCCGCGUCAAACGCGUCAUCGCAGAAGGAGGGUUUGGCUUUGUGUUCGCAGCACAGGACCUGUCAACGAACAAAGAAUAUGCGCUCAAGCGCAUGUUUGCUGCUGACGAGGAAGCCAGCAAAUCCAUUCUGCAGGAAGUCAGUGUUCUUAAAAAGCUCACGGGGCAUCCCAAUGUGAUCGACUUCAUUGCGGCGGCCGCCAUCGAGAAGUCGCAGUCGGGCCACAGCAAGUCCGAGUAUCUCCUUCUCACCGAGCUCUGUCCGGGGGGACCCCUGGUAGACAUAUUGCAGCAGCGCACGACGCCGCUGAGCCUGAACCAAGUGCUCCGCAUCUUCUACCAGACGUGCAACGCUGUGCAGCACAUGCACAACCAGAGCCCACCAAUCAUCCAUAGGGACCUGAAGAUUGAGAACCUCUUGUUGAGCUCCAAGGGCACGAUCAAGCUGUGCGACUUUGGAAGCUCGACAACCAAGUCCUACCAGCCGGACAACUAUUGGACUGCCAUUCAGAGGAGCCUGGUCGAAGAUGAGAUGUGCAAGAACACCACUCCGAUGUACCGGCCGCCAGAAGUGUUGGACACUUACAACAACUAUCCGAUCAACGAAGCCAUGGACAUUUGGGCGUUGGGUUGCGUGCUGUUCCUGCUCUGCUUCCGGGAGCACCCGUUCCCGGAUUCGUCCAAACUGCGCAUCCUCAACGCAAACUACAACAUCCCGACGACCAACCCGCAGAACGACAUGUUGCACGACCUCAUACGGGGCAUGCUGCAGGUGAACCCGUCCUCCCGCCCCACCAUCCACGACGUGGUGGACAGACUGCAGGAGAUGGGCGAGGCCCGCAGGAUAGACCUGACGGAAGCGCCCGGCCUCCAGGCCGCUGCGGCCGCCCCCGCGCCUCCGGCGAGCCAGGGGGAGGGCGGCGUGCCCCACGGGACGCCCAAUUCGGCCCCAGUGACGGCGCCGACGCGACCGGCUCCCGCAAGGCCAGCGCCUACGAGGCCAGCUCCCGCCAGGCCGGCACCACCCGCGGGCCUUGCGUCGGGCCAGCCUCCGGUCGUGCAGCAACCGGCAAACACCCAGCUGCCAGAAGCCGGGGGCUGGGGCGCGGGCAGCUCAGGCCUCCUGACGUCCCUCCGUGGGGGCGCAGGAAGCCUGCUCAAGCGGCUGGGGGACACCUCUUCCAAGGUCAUGCAGAUGGCCCAGCAAACAAUGGGAAAAUCGGAUUUGGACUUCAACUACAUCACCAGCCGGCUUGCAGUGAUGUCGUACCCGGCGGAAGGGCUGGAGUCUGCGUACCGCAACCACGUGGAGGACGUGCGGGGCAUGCUGGACGCGCGCCACCGAGGCCACUAUGCCAUCUACAACGUGUCCGGGCGGGCCUACUCCUCGGCCAAGUUCGAGUGCAAGGUUACCGAGCGGGGCUGGCUCCCCCGCAAGGCCCCGCCCCUCCACACGCUCUUCUCCCUCUGCCGCAGCAUGCUGGGCUUCCUCUGCCAGGACGCGCGCAACGUUUGCGUCGUCCACUGCCUCGACGGCAAGUGUUCCUCGGCCGUGCUGGUGUCGGCAUUCCUUGUCUUCUGCCACCUGUUUGACACUCCCGAGGAAGCCCUGCAGAUGUUUGCCGUGCGCCGGUGUCCCGUCACCCUCUUCCCCUCGCAGCUCAGGUAUAUUCGGUACCUCUCCCAGAUGGUUUCCAAGAAUCAGCCAGUGUUGCCGCAUCGGUUUCCUAUGCACAUCUCUGCUGUUACCGUGAAGCCUGUGCCACUCUUUACAAAGCUCAAGGACGGAUGUCGGCCCUUCGUCGAAGUCUACCUCGGAGAAGAGCGGUUGCAGACUACCUGCCAGGAAUACGACCGCAUUCCGCACCACAACUUCACGGAAAAGCAGGUGACGAUACCGCUCAACGUCGCUGCGGCCGGAGACCUCACUGUUGCCGUCUACCAUGCGAGGUCGUCCUUUGGCAAGGUGAUGCCUGUAAAAAUCUGCCAGAUUCAACUGUACUCUGGAUUCAUUGCCCCGGGAGCCAAGCAAAUCACCUUCUGCAGGCACGAAAUGGACGGCAUCGAGGAGCUGGACCGCUACCCGGAGGGCUUCACGGUGGUGCUGGACGUGCAGCUGGGGGACACGCCCAGCCCCAAGCUCACCAACGGGCUCUGGGCCGACCUGGAGCACCUGGAGACCAACGCCAUGCUGCUCUUCAGCACCGACGACGAAAUGGAGGCCUGCGUCAGCCACUUCUCGAGGAACGUUCCUCCCCGGCCUCCCCCUCCUGCCACCCCCAGCCUGCCAAGCAGGGAGACGUCUCCGCAGCGCUCGGAAGGGGACGUCGUCAGCCCCGUCACGUCGGCCGAGAACUUGUUGGGGGAAGGCGCCAAGGACCGGCUGGAGGCAGCGGCUCCGGCGGCCGCCGACGGAAUGGCGCGGCGCCCACCCCGGGCCAAGGAGGUAGACCUGCUGAACCUAGCGAGCUUCUCGAUCGACGACGGGGCGCCUGCAGACCGCCCGAACAGCACGGUGGACGAUCUGCUUGGUUCGUCACCCUCGACCGGCGCUCCGCCGGGGUCGCGUCCCACGUCCAACUUCGACCUCCUUGUCAAUCAUGGGCCGACGCAGCAGCCGUUGAUCGGUGACCUCUCGGGAGCUCCUGCCUUCGACCCCUUCGCGGGGAAAGGCACCGCAGUCCCCACGGUGAAUCUCCUGGAGGCCAAGUCCCCCUCCGGGGCUGCCAAGGGGGACGACCCUUUCGACCCCUUCGGGACCGCGAGCUCGGCAACGUCAGUCGCCACGGGUUGGGCCAACAGCAGCCUCAGCGCCGGGAACACGCCUCAGCACAAGCAGGGCGGUAUCCCGAACAGUGUUUCGGCCUUCAAUGUGGCCAGCCAGGCGUCAUCGUCCGCCUCCGGGAUGCAUGACACCAUGCCGGGAACCUGGGACACCCUCUUUCCGGGCAGCACCUGGGUGCCCCUGGUGCCCUCGGCCCCCGGAGGUGCUCCUGGGCCUGGCGGGGGCGGCCUCACGCGCAACGCCUCAACCCCGAACCUUGAGGCCCUCGGGCGCAAGAACGACCCUUUUGCAGAUCUGGGCAACCUGACCGGAGGCAGCAGCGGCGCCGGCGCAGCUUCCAAGACGAGCGCCGCGCCGAGUUUCCCGGCAUGGUCGCAGAAGCAGCAGCAGCAACCCAGCGCCAACAGCCCGCAGCACACUGGAGGCGGGCCGCAGGCCGGCGGCAAUGGGAAGUGGCGGCCGCCGGGUGCGAGUGCCGCCGUUCCCCCAAGCGCCGCCGCCGCCACUGCCGCGCCGACGCCCCCAAAGCCAAACUACAGCGCCGCGGCCGCCGCGUCUCAGGCGGCAACCAGCGUGUUUCCGGACAAGGCCGCCACCGCCUUUGGAAACGGAGCGGGGCCCCAGAAGGCAAAGCUGACGGAGGACACCUUUGAGGACUUGCUGGGCACGCAGGGCUUCUCAGGCUUUGGGAAGAGGGACACCGGUCCCAAGACCAUGGCUGAAUUGCGCCGGGAAGAGCUCGCCAGAGAGAUGGACCCGGUCAAACUCAUGAUCCUGGACUGGACGACCAAGAAGGAGCGCAACAUCCGGGCCCUGCUGUGCUCCCUGCACACGGUGCUGUGGGAGGGCACCCGCUGGAGUGAGGUGGGCAUGCACCAGCUCGUUUCGGCCGCAGACGUCAAGAAGAUGUACCGCAAGGCCUGCCUUGCCGUCCACCCCGACAAACUGGUCGGGACCGAGCAUGAAGAACUCGCCAAGCUCAUUUUCAUGGAGCUCAACGACGCUUGGAGCGAGUUCGAGAAGCAACAGGGGCUCACCUAGUCGCACCGUCUUUGUGAACGGACACGCUUGAAUGCGCAAACGAGAAGUGACAUUGGACGGCAGCAUUCUUGGAAACCAAAAAGCACCUGGCCCGACUUCGCCGCUUCGCCCCCAACCCUUGCCCGAGUUUUCCCGACCUAGUGCCGACCUUCUCCCAGCCUUAUCUAUUUUAUCCCCAACCACGUCCCGGUUCUUUCUUUCUAGUCUGGGUAGCACGCAAGAUGGGACUGUUCGUUUCGUGCUGCCUGGAAAUGUUUACAGCUUCACUCAAUUCCUAAUAGAGUUUGCCAUCCUAGCGCCAACAUCCCCCAACUUUUUUCAUUCUAGCCCCGACCUAUUCCCAGUUUCUUUCCUUUGAGCCAGGCAGCACACGAGAUGGGACUGCUAAAUCCUUGCUCUAUGGAAACACUUGCAACUUCGCUCGACCCUACCAGGUUUUGCCGGCCUAGCGCCAACAUCCCCCCGACUUACUUUGUUCCAACCCCGGCGUAUCCCCAGUUUCUUUCUUCUGAGCCAGGUGGUACAUGAGAUGGGACUGUUCAUUUUGGGCCGCUUGGGAAGACUUUGUUCUUUCCGCCAUUUUGUUUUGACAUGUUGGUUUCUCGCAUGUACAUAAGCUUGUUUGUUGUCUGCUUUUCUGGGAUUGUAUGGGUAGGAGUGCAACCUAACGCAAGUCUUUCUGUUGCAUAUGAAAUCUUGGGAGAUGUAAAAAAAGUGUAGCGUUUCCGCGUCGAGUUAAUUUUAGGCGCUGCCUAGCUUUGGCAAAUGUUUCCAGACCUGGCAGCAAAAAAGGGAGGAAUCACCUUUUCUUAUCUGUUUGAUGGAUGAGUUGGCAGCAUGGCUGAUGUUCUUUUGUUAAUGAUUCACCUUUUCAUGCAGUAUUGGGUUAUUUAAUUGCCCUUUGCACGCAGUAUUAGGGGAACCUGUUUGAAGGAUCGUACCAUCAGGUGGGAGCAGCAUGUGUUAUUGUGUACGGCACGGUUACUAGUAGUUCACAAAUUACCGAGCGUUAUGUGGCAGUUUCAUUUUGUCGUUUCACAAAUUGUCAACAAAAAAUAAUACUUGGCCCACUGUUUUUUUUGUUUGUUUUUCUGGUGGUCAAAAGAUGUUUUUUGUUUGUCGGGGUGUGCCUAACAUUCCUGGAGACGCUUGAGAAUGCGGCGAGCCCAACACACGCCUUAAUGUUUGUUUAGUUUUAGGCAUUUCUGUUUGUUGUUACUUCGUUUCAACGUGCCUCGCUGUGCGUCGUCGGAAUUUCGUCAUAAGCUGCCAGCAUAGAAAAUGCGUUGUUGAGAAGGCGUAACAGGCAUAUCUUGUCGCUUCAAGACCUUACGACACUACGGUUCACAGUCGCUUUGUUUCUGUACAGGCCGCGGUAGUAGUCGUAGUUUGCUGCUUGUAGACAGUGAGAAGCACGAAAAGCUCUCUACAUCGGUUCAGCAGAAGUAUCUCACGAAAUGAAGAUACGCUCCUCUAAUGCCCUAUGCCAUCAAUCUUUACUGUACCGUCUGUCACGUUGUCUUCUUUUUUUCACUUCUCCUCGCAGACGAUAAUAGACUUAAGGAAAAGGAAUGAGGCAAUGUUUUGUCUGUGAUAGAGUUUGUGCGGUUCUUUUCUUGUCUUCAUUUUCUUUAGCGGGUCGGUUUCACAAACGUGUCUGUGUCUUGUGCAGAAACACAUGUAUAUAAUAUAUAUAUAUAUAUAAAUAUAUAAAUGAGCGAUAUACAUACGAGUGCUGAAACAAGUUUGGAGUAAUGACGACUAAUUACGCAGUGCAACCUUUCAUUUCUAUUUUUUUUGCGCGUUCUUACGUUGCAAGAGUUGUUUUUUUUUAGGUGUCUUUCUUUCGUAAUUUUUGCAUUGCUCAAAUAUUGGCCCCAGGUUUGCGACUAGCUUUGAAAGCGAGAUUUAGACAUAAACUAAACUGCGCUCGGUUUGUUUUGAGCAUCGAGGCACCCAUACUAUGUAAUACUCAGUCGCUAAGCUUGCCCCUGUGGUUUCAAAGUGCAAGGGCCGGUUGGAAGUUAUUCCAAGCUUUCUACGUUCCUUAAUUUAGAUAAUUUUGCUCCUUUUUUUUAGUGUGCUGCUUUGCAAUGUACAUACGAGCUGUUUUUUUUUGAAGUGUGCAUUUUAUAUGCUUUCCUCCAGGUUUGACCCGGAAGGCUGAACGAAUGCAAAAAUAAUCCUAAACGGUCUAAUCCAGUUAUCUUUCAAACCCAGCGCAUCGUUUGAAAAAAAUAAAAAAAUACUAGUCGACGCGAACACGGGCCGAAACAAACGUUGUUGCCAUCUUUUCAGACAUUCCAUUUCAUGGAAAACACCGGUUGUCAUUUUUUUGCAAGGUUUGACUUUUUAUUGAUUUGCAUGGUCGUCCAGUGUCUAGUGAAUGGUUGGAGGAAGUUGCGAAGGAACGUCGUUGUCGAAUCCAGUGUUGUUUUUUUUUCUUUUCGUUCUUGUGCACGCGUUCACCCCGUAUUUAUCGCCAAGCCGCAGCCGCAGCCGGUGUCUUGGCUUGGCUUGAGCUGUGACGAACGAAUUAGCCUCGAUGGAGAAAUAAAGCUCUGUGGGAUUGAGAUGGG